GAAGAGGAGAUAUCCAAUCUCUUAGAGAAAGAAUAGUACAAUAAUAGAUCAUGAUGCUGUAUGAAACCAUACGAGUGCACACAGAAGGUAUUUAAUUCCUGACAUCGGUCUGGAUAUUCUUCUCAGAGUUUAUGCUAAUGCAGAACUGAAGUCUGCUGAGAGGAAGAAUACUGAAGGAAGUGUCGACAGGAAGGAUGUGGCAACAAAGUUGGUGCGAUCCAGUGGUGAUAAUGCUGCUUACGAAGAAUACAAUUCGACUCAGUGGAAAUUUGACAGCAGAUCUAGUGAGGAUUGCAUACCAAGGCCACUUCAACAGAACUACUUCUAAGUGACUUUUUUGGUAAUUCAUUGAAAAAGAAUCUUAAAAUUGACUGCACGGAGGACCUGAUGCAUCUAUUUGUAGUUAGGUACCAACUCCUGAAGGUUACGGAUCACCAGGAAGAUGCCUACAAAGCCAACCGUGAUUUCGCAGAAGGGUUAAGUCGACUUGCUGCUAGGUCUAAAAAUGACAAUGUCGUCGCCUACGAGAUCAAAAGGGAUGACUCUCGCUCAACCGAUCCCUGUGCCAACGUUGACCGUCCUGCCACCUUCCUCAGAAACCGAGUCCUGGUCUUGCUCAUCAAGCCCCAGACGGUCUCUCUCCAGCCGCUACAGUCGGACUCACCCCAGCCGCAGUCGGGCUAAAAAACGGAAUGCAGAAGAGCACACCUGUACUAACUCCAGACGAGGAGAAACACCUCAAAUUGUGAUACAGAAGUCUCCAGACAAGGGUCCCAGUCAGUCGCACAGCAGAGAUGGCUCUCCCUGUUUGGAGGGGCAAGAGGCUCUUCAGGACAGUCUCAAACAAGACCGCCUCCUGCUGCCUUCUUGCUCCUGGUCUCGAAGCCCUUCUCCGAGUCGGCGCUCCCGGUGGUCCCUGAGGAGCCUUCUCAACAGAGACUCUGACUGGGACAGCUGCAGCACAGCCAGUAAUUCCCCGCGCAGCACUCCAGGCAGCUCUCCCUCCCUGCGGCGCAGGGUUCUUGGGAGCAGCAGGGCCAGCGAGAGUGAGGGAGGGGGAGAGAAGAGUAGCGGUGGUGGAGGAGGAGGAGGGUCAGAUAGCCCCCUGCCCUCCAUACCAUCUGCCUCCUCACUCACGGCCGCGUACCCGAUUGCUUCUCGUCACUUCAGCCGUAAUGCCAAGAAAAUGCAGAGCUGGUACAAUGUUCUUAGUCCAACGUAUAAACAGCGCAACGAGGACUUUCGUAAAAUCUUCAAGAAACUUCCAGACUCGGAGAGGCUUAUUGUGGACUACUCUUGUGCCCUUCAGAAGGAUAUUCUGCUCCAGGGUCGGCUUUAUCUGUCAGAGAACUGGCUCUGUUUCUACAGUAACAUCUUCCGCUGGGAAACCACUAUCACUAUCCUGCUGAAAGACGUGACCUCCAUGACCAAGGAGAAGACGGCAAAGCUCAUUCCAAAUGCAAUCCAGAUCAGUACAGACAAUGAGAAGCAUUUCUUCACCUCUUUUGGAGCAAGGGACCGCAGCUUCAUGAUGAUUUUCCGCCUGUGGCAGAAUGCGCUGAUGGACAAGUCCCUCUCACCUAAGGAGCUGUGGCACAUUGUGCACCAGUGUUAUGGCACGGAGCUGGGCCUCACCAGUGAAGAUGACGACUACGUCUCCCCCACUGCCGAACAUAUGAACGGCCUGUUGCCAGGUGAGGAGUCUGUAUCUGUCACAGAUCUGCUGGACCUCAGUUCUGUGUCGGUACCCUCCACUGGUAGCUCUUCACCAGCUCUGGUUCAGAGCACUCAGACCACCAGCAUAGGAGGCUCGUCUCCCCCGUACUCCUCCUCCUGUCUGCCUAUAGAGAUGCCCUCGUCAUCCAGUCGCAGGCUCAGCUCCGAGCUCCUUGAUCCAAGCCCGCCCAACUUCCACAGCUCACUUCAGUCCGCCACCUCCACCAACACGUCUGCUCCGGCUUCUGCAUCUGCUUCUUUCAAUCUGGACGAGGGGGGAGACAGCCUCUCUGAGACGGCCAAUCACAUGUCGCCCCCGCCGGCCACCAGCCUGGGAAACCUCUCAUCACUGGACAUCACUAAUGACGAGGAACUUCCCACUGACCCCAGCAACUCAUCUGACACGCAAGAAGAAAGUGAAGUUGAGGCCUUUUGCGCCGACCUGAGUGGGCGGCUGAACAUCAACACGGUGGUCCGCAUGAGUGUGGACAAGCUGCACGACCUGCUGUUCUCUGCCGACACGCACUUCAUCCAGCACCUCUUCUCCCAGAGACACUUCACUGAUCUGUCGGUGGGUGAGUGGCUGCAGGACAACAGCAGCGGGAAUACCAGCCGGGUGCUCAGCUACACCAUCGCACUCAACAACCCCCUCGGCCCCAAAACUGCCCCUGUGGUGGAGACGCAGACAUUGCAUAAAAGCAGCGCCCAAGGCGAAUGCUUCGUGGUGGACUCAGAGGUCAUCACCUCGGGCAUUCCUUACCAGGACUACUUCUACACUGUCCACAGAUACUGCCUCACCUCCAUCAACAAGCACAAGAGCCGGCUCAGAGUGUCCUCAGACAUCUGCUACAGGAAGCAGCCGUGGAGUUUGGUGAAAGCCCUGAUUGAAAAGAACACCUGGAGUGGCAUUGAGGAGUACUACAGACACAUGGAGAGUGAGGUCUGCAAGCUGGAGACGCUGCUGCAGUCCGAGGUUUCCGUGGUAACCUCGGGUGACGCUGUGGGCGCCAGCGCUGCCAAAACCCCACCUUCUCUUCGCCGACGAAAACGCACAUGCUCUCGGCGGCAGGGCGAGCGCGAGAGGGAGCGGGAUGUUGGCGGGCUCGGCGCCGGAGACCGGGGGGACCGAGGAGUUGGGGAGGACAGGGACAGAAGAGAAGCCAGUGCAAUGAAGCUUGGAGAGGCUUCCCGCAGCGCAGGGCAGAGCAGUAUCUCCACCAUCCUACUCAUCGUCAGCUUCAUCCUGGUGGUUCUGGUGGCUCUCAACAUGCUGCUGUUCUACAAGCUGUACGCUCUGGAAAGAGCCGCUCACACACUGGAGACGUGGCACUCGUAUUCCGUGACUGACAGUCCUCUUCCUCAGACGGCUGGAGAAUGGGCUCAGGUUCUGCAGUUGCAGAGGCAGUUUCAUCAGGCGCAGCUUAGCAAGUGGCAACAGAUCCUGCAGUCCUCCGUCACUCUUCUGGACCAGAUGAAGCAGUCGCUGGAGAAGCUCCACCAGGGUAUCGUGGUUCCAGAAGUACAGCAGGAUCUGACAGAACCCUGACUGAACCCUGUGACCCGCAACUGACCACCACUCUCACACCUGCACACCGAGAGUGGCACCUGGGAAGCUGGCCAGUUGGGAUGUAGUUUCAGAAAAAAAGAAAAAAACUUGAGCGGGAGGGACUGAGGAGAGACCUCCCCACAAACCAACUUGCCUGACGGACUUGAAACACCUCAACCAGUUUGGACUCCCGAACUUUUCCUCUGACUAAAAAGCUGCCAGCAAUAAGAGACGUACAGCUGCGAGACAUCUGUAUACGCGGAGAGCGAGGCCACUGGUGGGCCUCAACUUUUCACUCCUACAGACAUUUUAAAAUGGAAAUCCACAUUUAAAACUUGAAUUACUUGAUUUCAGAAUCCUACUUUUCACGACUAUCAAGGAUUUCACUUUAUCCUGCAAAGAAGAAACGUAUCUACAUCUCUCCUGCUGUCUCCUGAAGAAGCCCUGCUGAAGUGACUUGACGUGGCAGAACAAGCAACAAGCAAAUCCUGACUGAAAAGGGAAACUUGGCAUUCCAUCUCACACACCAUUGGGAACAUUUUAACACUCACUCAGAUUUUAGAAUACUCGCACUGAAGCGUUGUAGUCACUUGAAAACAAAACCUUCCUUGUCAGAUUUUUCAGUGUAAUCCAGCUAGUCAGAGUUGAAUUCGCUUCAGGAACACAGGAGGUUUUUAUUUUCUCAAGAGACUGCAACGCCCAGGUCCUGUGUCUGUAUUUUAUGAUAUUGUAUUGCAAAAUUGCGUCUUUGGGCCGCUGCAGUAUUUAUUAUAGGCGAUGAUCCGUCUCGUCCUGCUCGUGAGAACUCCGUCAGUGGGUCACUUUAGUGCUCUGAUUUGCUGUAGCGACGCGGACCAAUGAGAGAGGCUAACUGGUCACAGCAAUAACCACCGUAGUGAUCUAGUACUUUUUGAAUGUUUGAAACAAAGUAGUAUAUAAUAUUAAUAAACUGUGCGUGUGAAUGUAGAGGCAACAUAUUUCGGGGUGCGUGUCUAGACAUCACGAGGAGUGGUCAUUGAAAUUUCAAAUGUUACAAUUGAAUUUGUUUUCUGUGAUUUCAGCUUUGUUUAUGUCAUAAAUCAGACCUCAAAUCAGAAGAGCAAAAACUUCUAACCAGGCCCAAUGUCAAAAAAAAAAAAGGACCAACCUGAAUAAUGCGGGCCAAGUGAAGAUAAAAGGGAAUUAUGUUUCAGUAUUGUUUUGUGUUUGUUACUCUUUUUAUUUUUCUAUUGUUAGAUAAUUCUCUCGUCGCAUCCUCUCCUGAUCUCCGAUGUCGUCGUCAUUUUCCUCACAGCUCAUGUGUUCCUCCUCUUGCUCUUCAUCGUGCUCUCUCUCCUCACCCUCCCUGCCCGUCUUUUUUUUUUUUUUUUUUUUUGAGGAAGAACUGCAGAAGUACGUGGGCCCUGCUGCGCGAGGCUCACUGUGGACAACGAUGGGCGUAUUAUUUAUUUAAGGAGAAUUGGGGGAGGGUGAGAGAGACGACAGAUGAAGAGGAGGCGGGAGGAUGUACUGUUAAUGUGUGAUUGUAAAUCAUUUCAUGGCGAGAAAUGAAAAGUUCCAAAAACUGAAAACGCUGCUUGUCUUUAUCUGUGAAGUUGAUUUUUUGUUUAUUUGUUUUCUCACUACCGGUGGUUUACAAAGGAAAUAAUGGAUGUUUGUUUAAAAAAAAAAAAAAAAAAAAAAACCUUAAUAUUUGCUGCUUUUACAUUUUGCUGACUUGACCUUAAAAACCUGAAAAGGGCAGGAUUUUUUAAACAAUGCAACAAGCUUCACUAAGCCAUGCUGCAUUCACGGACCACUAGAAGAAUCGGUAUGCUGUGUCUUCUUAAGUCGAUAGUAAUGCCGCAUUUAUAUGAGUGCAACAUAUUAUGUUAUUUUAUAUUAAUAAAAUGCUUUAAUAUGUAGAAGGAAUCAUAGUCGUCGUCGAGCAAGAUGACUUGAUGUAUCAAAACCCUUGGUAUACGAUUAAAAGUUAUUAAAAAUAGUCAAAAAUAGUUUCAGCAUUUGCUGCGGCAACAUAGCGUUUACCCUGAAUACACAUUUGUUUCUUUGUCAACAGAGACAUCUUGUGGCAACAACUACCACUACAAGUAACGACAAAAAACAAAGGUUUUUAUUUUGUUUUAAUAGUUUAUUUAUUGAUAUUUCCCCAUCUUUGUGCGUUAGUUUCAGGCAACUUGAAGUUAUGAAGAUAGCCCAUUAUGUAGUCAGUCAAAGAUUUACUGAAUAAAAGUGAUUUUAAGUUUGUGUUGCAUUAAAAUGUUGGCAGUUUAAGAUGUCAGAUCAUUUCUGGGCCCCUAAGUAAAGGCUGUAAAUAAGUGGCAGUGUUUGGCUGCCCGUCAUUAAUUCCUAUCAAAGGCAAGAAGAGUUUUUGAUUUGACUUUUCUCUUCUUAUUUUGGUUCCACCAGCGCCAUUCGGAGAGGCACAAUGGAAUUCUAAAUGGAAGCGUGGUCUUAUAAAAACACUUUACUAAGCCCUUAAAUGUACACAACACGGUGAGAGCAAAGCAGACAACUGAAGAUGGUUCCACUCACGGGUGACAAUAGUUAGACGUGCUGAAGGGUUUCGCUUUUGUUUACUCUCACAGUGUUAUUCUGUUGAUAAAAGCUCGACAGUAGCUGAAAUGUAAAUGUGUGUUGAGAUGAAAACAUUUUAAAGGAGAAGGUUUCACUUGGGAAAGAACGUUAGACAAGGUCACAUGAAACUUAAGCCACCUUUGAACAAUUGCAUUUUUAUAGUAUAACCUAUCCAUUACCUUAAAAAAUUCAUUUGUUUCACCCCAAAUUACAGCUCAACUUUUCUGGCAGUAAUUUUU